CAAUUGUAUUCACACCGGAUACACUAAAAAUACGUCAAUGGCCUGCUUACAUGACCAAAAAUUGCGGCUAAAAUUCACUACACUGUCACUGACAACACACUUACCAAUGAAUAUCCCGUAUGUGAUUAUGAACCCCGUCUGUUCUCCGUACUUGCGACUGUUGUACAGCACAUCGAGAUGAGCGCGUUCUUUCGCUUUUCAGGCAGAGUGUUAGCUCUCGUAUUAGCCUGCCUUGUGUCCAUCAUCGGUCCUGUACUCAUCAUGAUGACACAUUCAAGUCACACAGAGAUAGUAAGCCACACAACGUUCCCAAAACAAAAAUAUUCGUACGACGAACCGGCAAGAGAUCCAGACGAUGGAGUUGUGUAUAGAGGGGCGCAGACACGUGUGAUGUACAAUAGAGUGGGUAAGUGUGGCAGUAGAGCGACGUUGACGCUGCUGGAAGCGGUUGCUGGAAGGAACAACUUCACGCUUGUCUUGUCGGACAUUCACAAUCAGAGAGAACUGUCUCUUCCUGAACAAAUCGAUCUAGUGAAUUACAUCAACCAAUUGCCUCCUCCAUUUCUAUACAGUCGCCACAUGUUCUACAUUGACUUUCAAAGACUUGGGGCCGGUCCUCUAGUGCACAUCAACGUCAUCAGAGAUCCUCUCUCUCGAUUCAUCUCAAGUUAUUACUACAGGAGAUUUGGAGACGGUCGUGAACAUAAUUCAAACUUUCAAGGCGAUAAAGAGCAAACGAUUGACGAAUGUAUGGAGAGAAACCAUCACGAGUGUAGCUCACCGAAACGAAUGUUUUAUGUUAUUCCGUUCUUUUGUGGUCAAGAAGAAGCUUGCAGGGAGCCCAGCAGUUGGGCUUUAGAGAAAGCAAAAGCCAAUGUAAGAGACAAGUAUCUCGUCGUUGGAAUACUGGAGGAGUAUGAAGACACACUGAGGGUGUUGGAGAAGCUGCUACCAAUAUACUUCAAAGGGAUUGUAGACAUCUUGCGUAAUCCAGAUCCCGAAACAAAGAUGAGAUUGGAGACAAUGUCAACGAAGCACAAGACUCCUCCAAACGAGCACAACACACGACUCCUCCGCUUUCGAAUGCAGACAGAAUACGAAUUUUACUAUUUCGUUCGCGAUCGCUUUCAUCAACUGAAACACCAAUUGGGUAUCUGACAAGGACAUAACUAAUACAGAGUUUCAUACAAGCCAGUCAGCCUUUAUACAAAUGACUCUUAAUUAAUAUAAAUUACAGACAUAUG